UUUGCAGUAAAAUUGUUUGAUUCACCCAACCUAAAACCUAGAAUGACUUGUCCGGUAAAAGAAAAAUGCAUAAACGAAGCAAAAAAUCACAAAAUCGUAAUGAUAAGACAUGGAGAAUCAGAGUGGAAUAAGCUAAAUUUAUUUUGUGGGUGGUACAAUGCCGAGCUUAGCGACAGAGGUCGAGACGAGGCAGUAAAAGCGGGAAAAGCAUUAAAAGACGCUGGAUAUAAGUUCGACAUAGCAUACACUUCGGUUCUAAAGAGGGCGAAUGACACUUUGAGUGGUAUUCUCAAGGAGUUGAACCAAGAGUGCAUUCCAAUUCUUAAAACUUGGCGUUUAAACGAACGACAUUAUGGCGGUCUAACAGGUUUAAACAAGACAGACACAGUCGCAAAAUACGGGGAAGAGCAGGUACAGAUAUGGAGAAGAAGCUUCGACGUACCUCCCCCACCGAUCACCCCCGAAAACCAAUAUUACAAUGCGAUUCUAAACGACCCGAUCUAUGACGAAGGCCCACCGAAAGACAAAUUCCCCAUGUUCGAAUCUCUAAAACUGACCAUCGAACGGACGUUGCCUUUCUGGAAUGAGACCGUGAUACCACAACUAAAGGCCGGGAAGUGCAUUUUGAUAGCAGCGCACGGUAACAGUCUCAGAGGUAUCGUGAAACAUCUGGACGAGAUGAGCAACGACGCUAUAAUGGGGCUCAAUCUGCCCACUGGUAUUCCGUUUAUGUAUACACUGGACAAGAAGACUUUGAAGCCUGUGCUUGGGGGCAGCCUGCAAUUUCUGGGGGAUCCCGAGACUGUUAGAAAGGCCAUGGAAGAGGUUGCGAAUCAGAUAAAGAAGAAAUAAUGUACAUAACGAAUGCUAUUUUAUUCUGAGAAACGGAUUAUUCAUUUCUGUAUACGCGGUAAAAAAAUAUAU